UAAAUACAGGGAGGCGUGGACUGGAAUUCAUGUACAAAUCUACGAAUGAAAGUUGUAGUUCCAUCGAAUCUCGGUUUCCAUUGAGAGUAAAUCCGCGAAAUCUAGUAACGAAAUUGGAUGAUUUGGAUUGAAAAUUGACUUGAAAGAACCCUAGAAUUAUCAGUAGAUCGCAGGGGGUGGCAUCAAUGGCUUCCACCGAGGGUCUGGUGCCGAUAACCAGGAAUUUUCUUGCUUCUUUCUACGACAAGUACCCUUUCCAGUCUCUCUCCGACGAUGUCUCUCGCCUUUCUUAUCAGAUUCGCUCUAUGGCCUCCGAUUUGCACAAUGACUCUCCUCUCACUCCAGGUGAAACUCUAUUGGUGAAAGAAGCAGACUGUCCACCUCCCCAUAAAAUUGAUGAGAACAUGUGGAAGAACCGAGAACAAAUUGAAGAAAUUCUUUUUUUACUAGAAAGAUCUCAUUGGCCACCAUUGCUUCAACGGCAGUCCACACCUGAAGACGCUGAACUUGGUCUUAUUCUUGGGCAUCUCAAAGAUAAAUUUCAAAACACUAUGAAGAUAUUGCAGGCUUUCCAAUCCAAAAAUUCUGAAAAUAUAUUCAACACAGUUAUGACCUACAUGCCUCAAGAUUUUCGGGGAACCCUGAUCAGACAACAAAGGGAGCGCUCAGAGAGGAAUAAGCAAGCUGAGGUUGAUGUGUUGGUUAAUUCUGGUGGAAGUAUACAAGAUCGAUAUGCUUUGCUGUGGAAUCAACAAAUGGAAAGGAGGAGACAGUUAGCUCAGCUUGGUUCUGCAACAGGUGUCUACAAGACCCUUGUUAAGUACUUGGUAGGAGUGCCACAGGUUUUACUAGAUUUUAUCCGACAACUAAAUGACGAUGAAGGGCCAAUGGAAGAGCAGCGACAACGUUAUGGACCACCUUUAUACAGCCUUACGACAUUGGUGCUUUCAAUACGACUUUUUCUUUUUCUAUCAUGGAGGCGGUUUGAGGCAAGAAAAUUAACAAAAGAGCAGUUAACUGUCUUGGGGCAAGCAGUGGAUGUCUACACCUCUGAGUUUGAAAGGUUCAUCAAAUUUAUUAGUGAGGUCUUUGCAAAUUCCCCCUUCUUCAUUUCUGCUGAAGAUGCUGGUCCAAUAGAAGCAAGGAAAAAUGAUGAAUACAAAGAAAUAAGCAUUCCUGCUGGAAAAACUCAUGAGGUUUCAUUGAUGGUGGAGUCAAUAAACUCAUAUAUUGCUUGGGAUUUCUCCUUGGCACAAGGCAAAAUGAAUGUGGAUAUUGGAUUUAGCAUGGAGUACACAAAUGCUUCCGGGGAUAAAACAUUGAUCUUACCUUACCGGCGUUAUGAGUCUGACCAAGGUAACUUCUGCACGUGUAUGGCUGGAAACUACAAACUGAUUUGGGACAAUUCCUAUUCAACUUUUUUUAAAAAGAACUUGGUGGUAUUCCUAGAUUGUCCAAGAAUUGCCGACCUGAUCAUCAUCUGAUUUACAAAUCCGAAAAGAUCGGAAACAGGAAGGAUUUUGAUACUAGAUGAAGAGUGUUGACUUCUUUUCUGGACACUUUAAGCUGCUGUGAGUGUAGUGGUCAUAUGCCAUUGACCGGUUGCUAGUGGGUUUGUUGGCUGACUGAAAUGGAUCUGCAUUUAUUUUACACUACCAACUUGAUUACCAUUUUAUCUUUUGGAAUAGGUCCUACGCUACAAGGUGGAUUGUAUACCUCCAGUGGUGGAGCCUGUGGCAGCUGCAACUGACGUGAAAGUAUGAGAGCAACCUCUUGGGUGCGCAGCAGGGAGCGAGGUGUCACAUCAAAUGUAUUAUUUUUAAUUUUAUUUUUCAUCCCAUAUCCAGAUUUGGUUAUUUCAGUUGGGAUCCCUUUAGAUGUAGCUUGAAAUGAUGCUUGUAUAUUAGAAUUGGGUGUUGAAUCGAGAAUCCAUUCUUGUUAUGAUACAAUGCAAGUGAAGAGAUAACAACUAAUAAUAAGCAACUUUCAAGUUUCAAGA